AUGAAAAAACCAGCAGCCAGAGCUGCGCGUGGACGAGUCCACAAAUGUAGUGUGUGCAAAAAGGAGGGGCACAGGAUAGAGCAGUGCACGCGCCCAGCUGCCAAAGAGAUUCGGCGGCUGCGCAAGGAGAACGCUGAUUUCAGAGGGAAAUCAAAGAGAAAAGUGCUGCGACAGGAAUCCAAGUGGCGCAAGUCUCCCAAGAUAGAUGGGCCAUGGAAAGAAGAAGCUACUUGUUUGUACAAAGGAAAGCCGGCCGCAAGAAUUCCGACCCAGACAGAGGUGCGUCGCACCAGGUACGCUGCUCAACAGAUUGCCGUGUCUCUUCCAAGCACUGACCCGGACGCAGUUUCCUGGCUGCUGAAACACGGAUGGAUCAAGGCACCGUUGAAGUGCGAGGAAUGCAACGUGAAGCGUUUCAGUGAUGUACUCUGGGACACGGACAGACCUCCCCACUGGAGAUGCAAGCACUGCGGUGUUCGCGUGAAAAUUUUCGACUUGAGCAUCUUUGCUGGGUUGCGUGCGUCGCCGCUUGAACUUACCGCUCUCCUUGGACACUAUGUCUCCAGCAAUCUGACGCGCUGUCCAAGCGUUCCAGACAUGGUACGGGCAACCGGGCGUGGACGCACUUGCUGUGAACACUUCUUGUCCUGUCUUCGCACACUCGAAAGUAGCGCGGGACAGCGCUUCAGCCAGACUUGCCCUUUGCGGGGAGCAGUGGAGGUGGACGCGACCUUCAUUGGAAAGUUUCAUCUGGCAGCAGACAACAUGUGGCACCUGGAUCAGAUUCAGAAGAUUGAACAAGGAUUCAUCCGCAGAGGAGAAGAUUUGCCGAAGUCCUAUGUGGGCCACAUUAUGGUUCUGGGAGCACAGCCACGUACUGGCUCUGCAGCUGUUUGGGUAGCUCGACCUCAUGUCACUCCAGUGGGCCAUCGUCCUGUCACUGAGACACUAGCUCAAGUUGAAGCGUGCGGUUUUUUAGACCGUGUUUCUGGCCGCAGUGUCAUCUGCCCAGAUGGCAACAAGGCUUGGCAAUCCGCGGCAGAAGCUCGUGGGUUGCCGCUGCAGUCAGUUGUCCACCAAGUGAAAAUUUUCACUUCACAUGGUCCGACUGUUUACAAGGAAGCUUCGAAUGUCGCAGGCACGCAGAUGCUCGAUAGAAGCUGGCGGAUUUUAAAGGAGUUUUUGCCGGCCAACCUGGUUGUGAAAUGUAAAGAAAGAAAUCACACGCAAAUGCAUCCCAGCGUGCCGCAGUACGUGUACAUGUGGGCUUGGCGACAAAGCUUGAACUGUGCGAAACCCGCUCAGUUCUUGCGCUGCUUGGAGGAGCUCCUUUGA